UGAAGUACUACUCUGUCAGUUACACGGCACGCACAGUUAAUCAACAAAACAAACUGCCUUUGUAAUGGGAGUGAAUUUAUGCUUCUGGAUUCUUGGUCUCUACCUGGCCCUACCUUUGGAAGGGAUUUAUCCUCCACUCUGUCAAACAGGGUAUAAGAUUACUAUGAUUGGAAGUGGCUGUUAUGACAUUGAUGAGUGUGGUGAGGACAGACAUAUUUGUGGGGCGUGGGGAACCUGUCACAACAUGAAGGGAAGCUACUGGUGCAGUUGUCUCCAGGGAUUCCAUCAGGAUGGCAACAUAAGUUCUAAGUGUGUAGACGUAAAUGAGUGUAUAGGGCCUGGGAACAAAUACCCCUGUGGCGAGAAUGGAACCUGCUUCAAUCUGGAGGGCAGCUACAGGUGUCAUUGCACCCCUGGAUUCACUACCUACGGCAACAACCAAACUAAGUGUCAAGAGCUGAAUUGUGACCCUUAUGCAACUCAGAGUACACCUGAACAGACUCUACCAGGUUUUGACAGCCUCUUGUCUCUCUUGAGAAACAACUGUUUGGUGUUGAGUAACUCCUCUGGGUUGGCUGGAGCUACAGAAAAGACUGGAGAGGCGCUUUUGACAGUACUGGCCAAUGUCACUGAUGUUCUUCAACUCCAGUCCAAUGGUCAAGGUGGUAACAGCGGUAAAGUGACUACACUACUGAGGACAGUAGAAAACUCUAUCAGACUGAUUGCUCCACAGCUGAGAGAAAAUGUGAGCAGGAUAAAUACAAGCCAUACAGAGGUAGAAGUUGUGGUGAGGAGGGACAGGACACCACCCCGAGGACCAGUCAGACUAACCAAUGAAAACAUCCAACUUGACACCACCUGGGAGACGGCGAUCGGAGAUGACACGAAUUACCCAGGAUUUGGGUUUGCCAUUUUGCUCAGCUACAAGAGUCUGCAGACUUUGACCAACAGCUCUGAGCAGCUCUCCUCCAGAGUGGUGACUGUAUCUGUUAGCAACCCCAAUACAACAAACCUGUCUGAACCUAUCAUUCUCACCUUCAAUCACUUGAAGUCCAGUGAUGCGAAUACCACCUGUGUUUAUUGGUCAGAGGAUGGUGAGGGGGCGUGGUCAAUCCAGGGCUGCACCUCAGUGAUGUCCAACUCCACCCAAACUGUGUGCUCCUGCACCCAUCUCAGCAGCUUUGCCCUGCUCAGGGGAAUCCAAGAGAAUAAGAAAUGCGGACAGUUGCCGUUGGUGAUGUGGGUGGGCGCUUCCGUGGCGCUGGCUUGUGCGGUCCUAUCCCUGCUCAUGACCCUGUGGUGUCGCUUUAUCAGCAAAAAGCGCAAUGGAGGGAGCCAACCAGAACAGCAUUUUAAACUCUAAAGCACCUCAAUUUAGACGGCAGGGAUUUCUAAAAUCUCUCUUUCCUGUGUUUUGUAUAUAAUCCUACCCUAUGUCAAUUUAUUGUAAAAUAACUGUUUAGACUGUGAACGAACCGUUAGAAAAUGUAAAUAUGAAGUUUCAGUUUCAACCUCAGUCAAUUGAUGAAAAAUGAUUUCAUGAAAUAUAUGUAUUUAGAUAUUAGAGAUUAGUGAUUGUUCUCAAUUCCCAUCAAUGUCAAUUUACUUUUUCUCUGUUCAAUUGGAGACGAGCUUACCAUACAGUAUUAUUGUACAAGUUUAAAUAGAAGCUCUGUUGUAAUCAAA